AAUAAUAUAAACAUAACCUAUUUUGAAAUUCCAAAAAGUGUUGAAGAAUCUGAAUCGAAUUUGUUUAAUUUUCUUUGAGAAUGAGUUAGAGUAAAAAUUAAUCUAUAUUAAUUUACAGUAGAACUGUGUAAUUUUACUAAAUAAUUAUCUUGUCGUACACGGUUUUUGUUUUUCCAUCAUUACUGGAAGUAAGGAAACACAAACUACACUUUCUCAUAGGUGGCCUACAGAUUGAUUGAUUUGUUGGUUGGGUAUACAAAACUUGUAUGUUUUUGGUAUAAAAUAUUUCUAACACAAUGAAUUCAAGAAAGAUGAUCUUGAGAUGAAGAUAUUUACCAGUAUUUUUUAAGAGGAAAAGUAAGGAUGCAUUUAAAACCGCAGUACGUCAUUAAAACUAUAAGAAGCCGUUAUAAUUACAUAAUCAAUUCAAGACCAACGUUUUACAGCACAAAAGAGAAACUCAAAAAAGAUGACUGGUGUGGUGUCGUUGGGCUAGAGAUCCACGCUCAGAUCAAUUCCACUUCCAAGUUGUUCUCAGGAUCUGCCACUGACUACAGAUCUCCCGUGAACCAGAAUGUUUCACUCUUUGAUGCCAGCUUUCCUGGAACUUUACCGGUGCUGAAUCGUAGCUGUGUGGAAGCUGGUGUGUUGACAGCUUUGGCCCUCAACUGUACAUUAAAUCCUGUCUCCACUUUUGAUCGGAAGCACUACUUCUAUGCAGACUUACCAGCAGGCUACCAGAUCACCCAACAGAGAUGUCCUCUGGCACGUGGAGGAGAGGUGCAGUUCCAGAUUUACACUCCUGGAGUGCACAAGGAGCCUUAUCUCCGGAAAGUCCAGAUACACCAGCUGCAAUUGGAACAGGACAGUGGCAAGUCCCUGCACGACCCGGCCAAUAACAGGAGCCUGAUAGACUUGAAUCGUGCUGGAGUGCCAUUGAUGGAAAUCGUGUUUGAGCCAGAUCUUAGCAAUGGGGAGGAAGCAGCAGCCCUCGUCAAGGAGCUUAUCCUCAUCUUGACUUCUCUCAACACUUGCCUCUGCAAGAUGGAAGAGGGAGGACUGCGAGUAGAUGCCAACGUCUCCGUGCACAGAAGAGGUACGCCACUGGGCGUGCGCAGUGAAGUAAAGAACAUUGGAAGUAUCCGCAGUGUGGCUAGAGCAGUCGACUAUGAGAUACAGCGACAGAUCACGUUACUGCAGGGUGGUGGGCAGGUGAUCAACGAAACCAGGGCUUGGGAUCCAGAACACAACUGCACAGUCUCUAUGCGAGAUAAGGAGGAGAAACAGGACUACAGGUUUAUGCCAGAGCCCAACCUGCCACCCCUACACCUGGACAUGGAGGGUACCCAGGCACACCCGGACAUGGUGGAUGUGGCUGCCCUAGCAGACAAGCUGCCAGAGCUGCCGAACCAGACCCGGGCUCGACUACAGGCGGACUGUGGGCUCUCCCCUCUUCUGGCAGUCAGACUUGUGAACGAGCCAGAGUUACUGCGGAUGUUCGAAGCUGUGUUGGAUGAAAGUUCAGACUGCAGUCCUACCAUUGUUGCCAACCUUCUAGUGAUGGAGCUGCUCACUCUUGUCAACAAGGAGUUGUGUUCUCUCGGCUCAAGCCGGCCCUUCAGUAAGGAUAUUGGGGAGAUAGCAGAUUUGCUUCAAAGUAAAAGAAUCAACCUGCUGACGGCUCGUCAUGUGCUGGAGGUAAUAGCCAGUGGAGACAAUCGUGCUGCUAGUGACAUCAUCUCUGCCGGGAACCUCUGGUUGGUGACCGAUCCUGUGGAGAUACAGGCUGUUUGCGAUGCAGCUAUCCUUCGCAACCCAGGUCUGGUGGAGAGCUAUCGCAGUGGCAAGACGAAAGUGCUCGGUGCGUUACUUGGAGACAUUGCCAAGGUCACGCAGAACAGAGUCGAUAUGAGCCUUAUCGCUCGACACCUGCAAGAGCUGCUGAAGAAGCCACAGUAGAUUGUAUAAUAAAUUGUUGUUGUUCACUCCUA